UGAUUUAUUACUUUGCAUCAAAUACGAUCGUACUAUAGUAUUGUACAAGCCAACUUGGCCGACUUGCAAUCAGAAAUUUACCAAAGAAAAUUAAUUCCGGUUGAUCAGAAUACUAUCUUUAUCCUUGUUAUACUUAUGGUUUUAGAAAGAGAGAAUAGUGAGAAUACAACGAAUAAAUGAUCACUACGAGCAGACUGCAGAACGAAUUAAUUUUCGUAAACUCCUGUGGUUACGACGUUACGUUUGUUUGUUGUAAGUUCGUGUUUAUGUUCCUGUGAAGUUAUACUAAUUUUUUUUAUAUACCUACCAAAUAUUGAUUUCUUCUAUGUUUUGUGAUUGAUUUUCAUAAAUAUAGAAAUUCUUAUAAUGUAGUUAUACAAAAGAUUAUAAAAGGGACUGAUUUCACGAGUUAUUUCUACCUGAGGUGUUAAAAGUUUCACAGGACCUAGUUUAAACAUUUACUAAUGAUGACUAUAUCAGGACAGUGUCAAAAUGGCUCUACAGUACACAGCAACAGCACAGAAAUACCUCAUUCAUCUACAAAAGUUUGUAGUCUUGAACCAAUAUCUGGUGUAACAAAGAAACUUCUGCCUUUGGCAGCCUUUUUCAUGGCUUUUACCACAGUUAUGACGGUUUUGAUUAUAUACAUGGAAAAUACUGCUAUGAGGCACUACCAGUUUAGAGUUAACAUGAGUCAGGAUUAUGAGCUUCUUGGAGUUUCACAGGACAAUCCCCAAUUAGUUACAUAUAUUAGGGAAGUUCAUUUAGCUCCUGCUAUUGAACCACAUCAUAAGCCAUUAGAAUCAGAAAAUUCAGUUUCGAAAGAUACCGCAUACGUUUUAAAACUUCUUAAAAACAAGAGGGAUGGAACAUUUGUUGAAUCUGGUGCUUAUAGUGAUGGAAAGACAUCAAAGACUGAAUGGUUAGAAGAGAAAUUAAAUUGGCGUGGACUCCUUAUUCAACCUGAUCCAAAACAUUAUUUUAGUUUACGUAGACACAAUAGGGUACGUUCUCAAGCUGUACACGCUUGUCUAAGUCCAAUGCCAUAUCCCAAGGAGGUCACAUUACACCAAGAGAGUGAUGGCGUAAAAAUAAACAGUGUACAUGCUAAUAGUAUUGAAGACCCAGACUGGUUCAAUACAAGAGUAAAAUGUUUUCCAUUAUAUUCUCUACUUUUAGCUAUGAAUGUAACGAAUAUUGACUAUUUCAGCUUAGAGACAGGCGGCACUGAGCUUCAGGUGCUAGAAACUAUACCAUUUCAACGUGUUAAAAUUGAAAUUAUUGGAGUACAUUUGGUUGCGAGUGACUCAGAAAAAGAUACCAUAAAAAAAUUUUUAGCUACAAAAAAAUAUAGUUUUAUGGAGAGCUUCAACAGUUCUUACAUUUUCAUGAUGAAUCACAUCAAAAUAUAAAUAGAUUGAUAAGAAUAAGGCACAUAAAAGACUGAAAUGCACAAAUCAAUUUUAGGUUUUAAAUACGUCUGUAUGUCAUUCCAAAAUAGUAAUAUUUUACCAUUUAUUGAUAACACUACUGCAACUAAUAAUUUUAAGACGGUUUGAACCAAAAAAUAGUUAAAAAUGUAUAACUGGUAUUAGAUUGUAAUAGUUGAAUGCAUUUAUAUUUGUUAUUUUUGCAUAGAAUUUUUUAGCUCUCUGUAUUAUUUUUAUUGUAAAACGUGACAUAACUGCGGA